UUGAGUAUUUCUCCAAAUAAGUACGACAAAAACAAAAUUUAGCUAUGAACUAUAUAUUUAUGGUUCAGCCAAGGUGAUUUCAAGACAGCUUCAGAAAACCAUAGCCUUGUGUUCAAGCAAGAAGUGCCAUCAGCCAUGGGCAAUUCCACCAUCAUUGAAAGAUGGUGGUUUGUAACGUUUGCAAGUUUUAUGUUCCUCAACCACAGCCCUGGUAACAACAAUAUAUCAGUACUUCAAAAUCUAACAAUGCCGAUUGAAGCUUUCAAUGGCUUCCCCAUGCACAAGCAAUCUCCAAUGCCCCCAAGCGUCAUUGAGAAUGAAGAACCAGAUAAAUCUUCAAAUGAACCUUUGUCCAGCUCUCAAUCUUGCAUAAUUCUAACUGAAACAUCCUCUUCUCAGGUUCCUUUAUCAGGCUUGCAAAACUCAAAACCAGCCUUACCAUGUUUGCAAACUGCAAACUUACCAGACUUAUCUGAUAGUGUGAAGCAAGCAACCACUUCGUUCCAGCAGCCCUCAGGUUUGGGAGAUGCAAAACUAUCAGAAUUGAGUGAUAAAAUUGAAGCACGAACAGCAGAUUCUUCUCUGGUUUCUGUGUUGGAGGCGCAAAAUCAAGAACAACCCAAGGACAAUGAUGACGAGGUAACGGUGACAAUGGAGGAAGAAAGAAAAUGCAACAUCUUCGAAGGAAAAUGGGUUUACGAUCCUAAGGAAAGUCCUCUAUAUGAUUCAGCGAUGUGUCCAUUUUUAAGCGAAACAACGAGUUGCAGAAGGAAUGGACGACCGGACAAGGAAUAUGAGAAAUGGAGGUGGGAAAUUAAUGAGUGUAAGAUUCCACGGUUUAAUGCCAAGGACAUGUUGGAAAGGCUUAGAGGGAAGAGAGUCGUAAUAGUUGGGGACUCCAUCAACCAUAGCCAAUUUGAAUCUCUUGCUUGCCUUCUGUAUUCUGCUAUACCUGGCCUAUCUUCUUUCGAUGCUCGGAAUCGGGUCUUCAGGGCUGAGUCUUAUAACUUGGUUAUUCAGUUUGACUGGACUGAAUUUCUUGUGGAAGUACUUGUGAACAAGACGGAUGGCAAAAAGACUUUAAAACUUGAUUCACUUGUCCCUACUGCUAGGAAAUGGAAAGAUGCAGAUAUUAUGGUGUUCAACACUGGUCACUGGUGGGCGAACCGCCGCAGGUGGGAUUUUUUUGGAUACAAGAGGAAGGUGUUUGCUGAUAUGAAAAUCGAAACAGCAUUUAAGGUUGCAAUGAAGACUUGGGCUCGUUGGGUAGAGAAAAACGUGGACACUAGCAAAACAACAGUGUACUUCAGGGGUAUGUCUCCGCCGCAUUUCGGGAAAAACUGGUGCUAUAAAUCAACCAGGCCCAUCAUGGAUGAGUCCUACAAGUUGACAUUCGGUAAAUCACUGAAAGAAAUUGUAGAGCAAACGCUUCAAGCCAUGAGGACACCGGUAAAAUACUUGAACAUCACAAGGCUCAGCCAGUAUCGAGUCGAUGCACAUUCUUCCAUUUACGCAACGAAGCAAGGGAAGUUUUUGGUUUUGAGAAAGCAGAAGCCCCCUACAAUGGUGGCGGAUUGCAGCCAUUGGUGUUUGCCUGGUGUUCCUGAUACAUGGAACCACCUGCUUUAUGCAUCUAUGGUGUUAGAAAGAUCCAAGAGCAUUUCUACUACAUUAAAUAUAUUAACAUGAUGGCUCAUCUUUUCUUUGUUUUAGCAAAUUCAUCAGUAAGGGGGCUUUCAUCUGCUCAGAAUCAAUAAUAAAUUUAGAAAACUGAAGAUAAGCCUUUCAAUUCCAUUAAUUUAUGCUAAACUUAGAUUGCUUUUCACUUCUUACUUCACAAUACAGAUUCCAAUAAAUUAAUCCAGCCUUGAGAGUCGACUCAUUCUAUGGGAGAUCAGUUUAUGGUAUCUUGCAGAAUGCAGAAGCGCCUUCAUUGGCUGCCCAAGG